ACAUACACAGACUUCGUACGCCCCUCUGGCCGCUCUCUCCCUCGGGCCCCGAGCCGUCCCCUCCUCCAGCAAGUGUGUCCCUGGUGCGGCCAUCCGGCGAAAAGAGGAGCGCAGCGUCCCCAGCGCGAGGGAGCCCGCGCGCCGCAGAAGCUGCCGCCUCGCCAGCAGCCGGAUCCGCUCGCCGAAGCGCUCGGCGGCGGCGGCGGCGGCCGGGACACCCUCGGCGGCACCCCGGGCUUCAAGCAGCCGCGCCCGCCCCCGCCGGGGCCAGAGCGCGGGGAGCCGCCACCCCGCACGCUCCUGGGGCCCCUGCCACCCCUAUGAGAGAAGCAGAAGCCGCGCCAAGGAGCCGGACACUCGGCCGCUGGACUCCUCCGCAAGCCCAAGCGCCUCCUCCGCCCGCGCCCCUCCAGCGCCGCUGAAGCGAAAUGCAACCGCCACGCUCCAGCUGAAAGGGGAAGGGGCCGGCGCCAUCCCCUCGCUCGGAAUCCGGCCCCCGCGGCGGCUGCGCGUCCCGGCCGCGGGCCCGCGGGUCCCCGGAGUGAACGAGAGGAGGAGGAGAAGCCGCCGGCCCGGGGUUGGCCGGGGCUGGGGAGGAGGGACGGGGUGGGGGGAGGGCGCGGGGGGCGGGAAGGGGGCCCCGGCGGAUAAAGAUGGCAAGGUCUCUCAUCCAAGCGUGCCGCAGUCUGGCUCUCUCAACAUGGCUGCUUUCCUUUUGUUUCGUGCAUCUGCUCUGCCUGGACUUCACCGUGGCUGAGAAGGAGGAAUGGUACACCGCCUUCGUGAACAUCACCUACGCGGAGCCCGCGCCGGACCCCGGGCCCGGAGUGGCGGGCGGCGGCGGCGGCACCGAGCUGCACACCGAGAAGACUGAGUGCGGGCGCUACGGGGAGCACUCGCCCAAGCAGGACGCCCGCGGGGAGGUGGUCAUGGCCAGCUCGGCCCACGACCGCCUAGCCUGCGACCCCAACACCAAGUUCGCCGCCCCGGCUCACGGCAAGAACUGGAUAGCCCUCAUCCCCAAGGGCAACUGCACGUACAGGGAUAAGAUCCGGAACGCGUUCCUCCAGAACGCCUCCGCGGUGGUCAUCUUCAACGUGGGCUCCAACACCAACGAGACUAUCACCAUGCCCCACGCAGGUGUAGAAGACAUUGUGGCAAUAAUGAUUCCUGAGCCAAAAGGAAAGGAGAUAGUAAGCCUGCUGGAAAGGAACAUCACAGUGACCAUGUACAUCACCAUUGGAACCCGGAACUUGCAGAAAUACGUGAGCCGCACUUCGGUUGUGUUUGUCUCCAUCUCUUUCAUCGUCCUGAUGAUCAUAUCCCUCGCAUGGCUGGUCUUUUAUUAUAUCCAGAGGUUUCGAUAUGCAAAUGCCAGGGACAGGAACCAGCGCCGACUGGGAGAUGCAGCAAAGAAAGCUAUCAGCAAGCUCCAGGUCAGAACCAUCAAGAAGGGUGACAAGGAGACAGAACCCGAUUUUGAUAACUGUGCAGUUUGCAUUGAAGGGUACAAGCCCAAUGAUGUUGUGCGGAUCUUGCCCUGCCGGCAUCUUUUCCACAAGUCCUGUGUUGACCCCUGGCUUCUAGACCAUCGCACCUGUCCCAUGUGCAAGAUGAACAUUCUUAAAGCCCUAGGGAUCCCGCCCAACGCCGACUGCAUGGAUGACUUGCCCACCGACUUCGAGGGAUCUCUGGGAGGCCCACCCACCAACCAGAUCACAGGCGCGAGCGACACGACUGUAAAUGAAAGUUCAGUGACUCUGGACCCUGCUGUCCGGACGGUGGGAGCCUUGCAGGUGGUUCUGGAUACAGACCCCACCCCGCCGGAAGGAGAAGUCAUCUUUACUACUAACAGUAAGUUCUGCUCUGCUUAGAAGCGCCAUAG